AUGGUCCGGCCACAUCCUAUAACGAGUCUGCUGGCUCUAAGUUGUCUUGUGGGCUAUACGGCUGCGGUCGAGCCGGCAGAAACUGUCGAGGAGGACCUUUGGGAGCUGAUGGUGGAGAGGACAGUACCGUUGCGGACGCAUUCUAUAGCUCCUCCAUACGUCGACAGUGAUCUGCAAAAUCGGUGGUGGGAUUUUGGAGCAGAUGCAGUCAUAAAUACAAACAAACACAUACGUCUCACACAAGAUCGCCCGUCGCAGCAAGGGUUCCUGUGGAGUCGUGUGCCCAUGAGCUCCAUUAAUUGGCAGGUUGAAUUCGAAUUCAAGGUCGAUGGUAAAGCGCAUAAUUUGUUCGGAGAUGGGUUUGCCAUGUGGGUGACGCAGGAAAGAGCGAAACCGGGUCCAGUAUUUGGCAGUGCAGACAAUUUCAAUGGCUUGGGAAUCUUCUUCGAUACAUACGCAAACAAGAAACAUGGAUAUUCCUUUCCUCGAGUGACUGCCAUGAUCGGGGAUGGCAAAACACCGUAUGAUCACGGAGGGGACAAUGAGGCUGGAGAAAUCGCUGCGUGCUCUGAGAACUUCAGACGUCGUGGUAUCGUGACAAAAGGUCGUCUGACCUACAUGCGGGACAAGAUGCUUCAACUGAAGUUGCAGACGCGAGAAGAGGGGCAGUGGAAGACAUGUUUCCAAAUCAAGGCAAACCUUCCGACUAGUCCAUACCUCGGGUUCUCAGCACUGACAGGAGACGUUUCGGACAACCAUGACAUUGUGUCGAUUCAGGCUAGUACCGCAACCCUGAAGAAGGAGUACAGAGACCACGGCAAUGCUCCGCACAAUUACAAACCCGACCAAAAAGUUCUCGGGGUCGACAAAGAGAAUCUCAAGCCGAAGAGAGCGAAGAGCUCCGGGGGAAUGGCUUCAGUCUUCAUGCUCAUCUUGAAGAUCAUCGGUGUCGGCGCAUUCUUAGCAUUUGCACUUGCUGCCUACCGAACAUAUGACGCUCAGAAGCAAAAAUCACGACGCGCAUGGUGA